AUGAGCGGAGUAACUAAUGUCCCUCCCAUGUACAUACUAGACAGGUGGAGAAAGGAUAUUAGUAGGAAACACACUCUCGUUAAAGUUGCCUACCAUGAUGCCUCAAAAACAGAAGAGGUUCGAAGAUAUGAUAAGUUGAUGUUAGCCCUUGAACCUGUCGUAUUGCGUGGUUCGGCAUCACAUGAAGCUGUUGAAGUCUUGAUGGACUUGAUUCAGCUAAUGAGCAUUAAGGUGGAUGAACUUUGUGUGUUGGCAGAAGGGUCGGGCCAAGGUUCCGGUGGGGAUGAAAGGCAUAGUGUUGAUGUGGAGGCAGUGAAAGAUGCUACACCUCUAACUCCCAAAACCCCAAGCUCAGUUAAUAAAGCAAGCGUUGCAGAUUCCUUAGACACACCCAGUUCCACAUGUGUGAAAGAUCCAGAACCUCGAGGAGGUAAUAAUAACAAAGGCAAACCUCGAACAACACGAUUUGUAUCCCCAGAAGAAAAGCCCAAAGCUAAGGUUCCAAAGACGUGGGGGGAUAUGUUACACCUCCAACAGAAGCAUAACAAUGGUUUAAUUCACAAUAGUCAGGUCAACCAAGAAUAUUAUGGAGGAAUUGGGAGCGGGGGGCCUUCAGCGUUAAACGGAAGGGUAUUAGCUGGUGGGAUUCAUAUCAAUCCGCAAAGUGAGGCGGUUGGUUACUUUACUAAGAAUGCAUACCAAGGACAACUGGAUUUUGGGGAUGGUGGCCACUUUAUCAAUCCUGGCUUUGUCCCCAACACGCCCAUACAAACUCAUUCUAAUUUCUUUAGGAAUAGUAAUUGA